GUUGGGAAAGCUCAUCCAUUCGCUAAGAGCCCGGAGGGCACGCCACCACCAUCAUGGACCAGGGCGGCGUGAGGAUGAUAGGGCUAAGGAAGCCCGGAGGGCGCCCUGCUACUGCGCCCAGGCUGGGAGACACUCCGAAGGAUCCUCCGGGGAUAUACGACGUGCCUCUCAUGAAGAGGCAGACGCUUCCUCCUCCUGAGAAGGUGCUGGUAGUAGCCAGGGACAGCGUGAGGCAGAUCCGAUGCCGCAGUGCCCCAGCGCCCCCGGGGGUCAUUCUGUCUCAGUCACAGCUCCAGGCCAUCAAAGACGCAGCUGCCCAGGUGAGCGAGGAGAGCCGCCUGAAACAACUGCAGAAGGCGAGGGAGGCAGCCAGGGCGGCCCUGGAGGAGAAGGAGAAGAGGAGGAUACUGCACGACCAGAUGGAAGCUCGCUACCGCAGGAGGAGGUACCAGGAGGAUCUCAAGAGUCUUCAGAUGUGGCCCCCUGGAAAGGCAGAGGAGAAGGACGUCCUGAAGGAUGACGACCGCCGGUCCCGUCAGGAGCUGGAGCGCGAGGAGGAGGUGAAGGAGCUGCGGAGGCUGGUCCUGGCGGCGAAGUGCCACGCCAUCAGGGAAGCCCAGGUCCUGGAAAAGAGACACAUCAGGCAACUGGAAAAGGAGGAGGAGGAGCGCCAGGCGGCCGAGAUGGAGGCCGCCCGCUUGAGGGGCCUCCGGGAGGAGGCGGAGAGGGAGAGGGCGAAGCAGGAGGCCACGAAGCUGGCUGCGGACGCCCUCAACAAGCAGAUCGAGUACCAGGAGGAACUGAAGCAACUGAAGUUCAAAGAGAAGAAGAAGGAAGCCCAGGCAGUGGCGAGGGAGAUCGUCAAGUACAAGAACGAGCAGGCGGACGUCCGCAAAAAGGAAGAGAAGAAGAAGAAAGACAAAGUAGCCGCGAAGCGCGUCAUGGAAUUGGCGGGAAUCAGGAGAGAAGAAGAACUCAAACUCAGCAAGCUUCGAGACGCGAAGGUCGUCCUUGAGGCGGAGGAACGGCAGAAAGCGAUAGCCGCUCGGCUCGAGGAGGAGGCGAUGGUCAAGCAGACGAAGGAGGACCUGCUCGCCCUCUGGCUCCACGACCAGGAGAGGAAGUUGCUGGAGAAGAAGAAGAGGGAGGAACUGAAGACGAUGAGGGAACAGGAGAAGCUGGAGCGCGAAUGGAGAGAGAGGGAGCUGGAAGAAGCCAAACAGAAGGCCGAGAGAGACGCCAAAAUAACGAAAGAGAGGAGGCAGCAGAUAGAAGACAGACAGAAGGCGAGGAUGGCGGAGGCGCUGAAGAAGAAGGAGGAACUGUUGAGGAAGACCGACCACUGGAUGAUCACAGAGGAGAGGGAGCGGACGACGAUCCAGAAGGCGCAGAAGGCCAAGGAAGAUUACGAAGCCCGAAUAAAAGCACAGAUCGAAGAGCACGCCGAGAGAAGGGCUAAGGAGGCUGAGAUGUUGAAGAGAGAGAAGGAAGAGGAGAUCCUGCAGGUGAAACUGAGGCAAGCGGCCCUCACCAGGCUCAAACUUGACACACUGAAGGAUCUGAGGAAAAUGGCUCUUCCGGACCAUCUAGUCAAGGACCUGGAAAAAAAGCUGCACCUGAAGAAGCAGGAGAACGACAUGAAG